AUGCUGGGUCUCGGAGCAUACGAUAGUAGCAGCGAAGACGAGAUUGAUGAGAAGCGCACUUCCUCACCAAAGCGUGAGUUAGAACACGAUUCCGGCGCAACUAAGCCCGUCCCAGAUACCGGUAGAGUAUACCAGGCUCCGGUAUCAUCUACGGAGUCAAAUCCCCCAGGGCCAGUUCUCGGACCGUCCCAUCAGGAGGCUCAACCUUCGAACCCCCGUUCUACACAUGGGCAGGCGUCUCCAUAUUCAGCAUCGCGCAACUUGGUCCAUGAUUUAACACUUCCUCCGGUACCAAGUCUAGAUAUCCCACCAUCACCCCCUGGAUCUCCCAAUCCAACCGCGAACGCUAAAUUCGCCCAUUUUCUGGCAUUGAAGAAGCAAGAGGUCCACUUUAAUGAAAAGUUGGCCAGCUCAAGUUCACUCAAGAAUCCAAGUCUACUGAAAAAGCUGAUGGAGCAUGCGGGCCUCGGCGAGGAGAUGCAAUAUCACACUGCACUGUCCCGUGAAUUAUGGGACAUGGAUGGUCUUCCGGACUGGGGGUUCAAGGAAGAGCUGUUGAAGGCGCAGAAGGACAUGCGCAACAACCUGGAAGAGCAAAGGGUUCAAGGCCAGAGAGAUACGAUUGACUUCGUGGCAGCGACCGCUUCGAAUACCAAGAAACGAUCAAGACCACACCCGUGA